ACAAACAAAAGAAAAAAAAAAUGGCGACACCCACGUUCUACCGUCGUCACCAACCUCAUCAACUAUCUCUUUCUCUUUCUAAUACUCACUUCAAGCUUAAACAAAGAACCCUCCAUUUCCCCUUCAAUUCCAUGACAACAAAUAAGAAGAACAAAACGACGACGAGGACGACAAGAGCAACAAAGACCUGCCAUGCAAAUCCUCAAAAUCACCAUGUUUCUCCUUCUUCUCCUCCUCAUUUCCGCCAUUUCUGCAUCUGGGUUCGGAUCAAUGGGCCCCAUCUCCGCCGCAUUCGGCGAGGACGGCUUCUUCUGUGCCAUUGAUGCCAGCGGCAAGCAGGCAGUUAUAUGUUGGAGCAAAAACAGCAGCUCUGCUUCUUCUUCUUCUGCUACUUCAUCUACUUCAUCUUCACUAUCUUCCUUAGACUUUGCUUCUCAAGUUCCUCAAAUGGCAGCUCUCUCAGGUGGUGAAGGUUUCCUUUGUGGCAUCUUGGCAAAUACUUCUCAAGUUUUUUGCUGGAGCUUAAUGGGGUCAGGUACAGAUCUUGUUCCUAGAAAUUAUAAAACCACGGCUUAUUCUUAUAUAGCUUCUGGAAAGAAUCAUGUUUGUGGAAUUAGAGGGGCCUAUUAUUCUGAUCAUGAGUCCGGUAUCGUUGAUUGUUGGGAAAUCGUAAAGAGUUCUAAUAAUACUUUAAGCUCAAAACAGAGUAGUCUGUUUUAUGAUCAGAGUGUCAGUAAUCUUGUUUUUAAAAUGAUUAUUUCUGGUGAAGGGUUUAGCUGUGGUGGGAUUAGAGAAGGAGGGCUUGUUUGUUGGGGACCAAAUGCGGAAUUUUUAGGGGUUUCGAAUGUUUCGGAUAGUUUUUUAGCUUUAGCUUCUGCAGUGCUAGCAGAUGGGAGGCAAGUUGCUGUCAAGAGGGCAAACGCUGCCACAAUAAUCCACGGUAACAGUCGUGAUUUUGAGAUGGAACUUGAAAUCCUUUGCAAUGUGAGACAUUGCAAUAUCGUGAAUUUGAUAGGUUAUUGUUCAGAGAUGGGGGAGAGGCUGCUUGUUUAUGAAUAUAUGCCCCAUGGUACACUGCAUGACCACCUUCAUGGAGGGCUUUCUCCUCUGAGUUGGAGCCUUCGUUUGAAGAUCGCGUUGCAGGCUGCAAGGGGACUUGAGUACCUUCACAAGGAAGUUGCGCCUCCAAUUGUCCACCGGCAUGUCAAGACUUCAAACAUUCUUUUGGAUUCAGAGCGGGGAGCACGAAUUGCAGAUUUUGGACUUCUUACAUCAAGUGAGAGGGAUCUUGAUCUUAGUGGGGACAUGAAGAGUGAUGUCUACAGCUUUGGCAUUGUGUUAGUGGAGAUUCUCAGUGGAAGGAAAGCUUUUGACAGAGAUUAUACACCUCCAAGUAUAAUUGACUGGGCACUGCCCUUAAUUAAACAGGGUAAAGCAGCUGCCAUAAUUGAUCGUUUUGUCACUCUUCCAAGGAAUGUUGAGCCUUUGCUUAAAUUGGCUGAUGUAGCUGAGUUGGCUGUCAGAGAAGAUCCUAGUGAGCGUCCUACAAUGUCAGAUUUGGUAAAUUUGUUGCAGCAAAUUGUGAAGGAUGGACUGGUCUUGUGAUCUUCAAUUUGACUCCCUAAGUUUUGAGCAAAUCCUAUGAACAGAUUAGCAAAACACUUGUGACAGCUUGUUAAUUGAGUAUAGCUAUUUUGGCAACUGUAAAUUAAUGAUCAACUUCUUGUACAUGAGAAUGAGAUGCAAUGCAUUACUUAAUAUCCACAAAGUGAAUAAGGUUCAUUUUU